UUAUAAUGUAAAUGUACGGUGAACGAUGCCGCGCUCGAUUACUCUGGUCUGAAUCCGCGAUCAGCUCGUCCUUCCUGUCAGCACGUGCGGUUUCACAGCAGCGGCGUUAUUUGGAUCCCGUGCGUUUUUGAGCUAUGGAUAGUGUCGUGCAAUCCCCACUCCCGCCAAAACAAAGCGAGAUACUGGGAAUCAAGUCUCAGCAAGCAGCGGCGGCGGAUGCGUUCACCGCAUCUUUCCUGAGGAAUUGUCUUCCCCAAAUGAAAAGUAAAGACAUCGAUGAAGCGAUAGCGUACAAAGCGGUGAUACUGGAAUAUAAAAGAAAGAAGAAGAAGGGAAAGAAAAGAAAGGCCAAAGGACUGAGUGCCAAAGAAAGACGACAGCUGAAAAUACACCAGCUCAGACCUGAACAUCAAAAGUAUGAACUCUUCUUGCCUCUGCAUGAGCUAUGGAAACAGUACAUUGCUGAUCUGUGUAAUGGACUGAAACCGGGAAGCAACCCACAGAUGAUCCAGCAGAAGCUCUUGAAAGCUGAUUUCCACGGUGCUGUCUUAACAGUUGUCAGAUCAAAAUGCCCCUCGUAUGUUGGUCUAACUGGCAUCCUGGUGCAGGAACUGAAGCACGUCUUCAAAAUCAUUACGAAAGAGGACAAACUAAAAGUCAUCCCGAAGAGGAAUAGUGUGUUCAGUGUGGAACUUGAUGAUUUCGUAACGCACAUCUAUGGCAGCAAGUUUGAACUGCGCUCCAGUGAGCGGUCGGCAAAGAAAUUCAAAGUUAAAGGAACUAUCGACUUGUAAAGGGACGUUUUAAACAUCAUGUCAAGUUUAACGGUAUAAUUUUACUUAUACUGGAGAAUUAAGAGAAGACGUUUAAUCAUUACGGAUUAUUUUUUGUUUCCUCCUUGUAUUGUUAUUACACUUUUCUUUUCUUCUGUUUAUUUAUGUUUUUGGCCAGUCGUGAAACUAUAUGGGCCAUUUAGAAAAGUUAAUUGUUUUUGAUUGUCCACCAGGGGGAGCUUUUUUUAUUUUUUUUGAGGGCGUGAGAAUGAAUUUUGAUCUUUUUAUUAUUAUUUUUUUUUAAUCGUACCUGACACAUCCCACAACCUAUUUAUUUAUGGCUUUAUUGCAUUGUCAGGCGUAGGCAGCACUGCAAAUGCUACAAAUAAAAGUGCUUCUCCCUUAAA